GCGCAGCGCGGCCGCGGGUGGGCGGAGCUGGUCGGGAUGAGUGGCGGAGGGUCGGAGACCUCGGUGGGUGGCGAGGCCGCCGCGGGCAGCGGCGACAAGAAGAGGGACUCGCUAGGGGCUGCGGGCUCGCCGGCGCACCUCAUUAUCAAGGAUCUUGGAGAAAUUCAUUCACGGCUUUUAGAUCACAGACCAGUUGUUCAAGGCGAAACCCGUUAUUUUGUGAAAGAAUUUGAAGAAAAACGUGGUCUUCGAGAAAUGCGAGUUCUUGAAAAUUUGAGGAAUAUGAUCCAUGAAACAAAUGAACAUACUCUUCCCAAAUGUAGAGAAACAAUGCAAGACAACUUAAACCAAGUUCUCCAGAGAUUGCAAGCAGCUACUGACUCAGUCUGUAGACUCCAAGAGAGGGAGCAGGAACGGAAAAAGAUUUAUAAUGACCAUUUACUAGCUAACGAAAAACAACGUAUAAUCCAAUGGGAGGAUUUCUUGAAAGAACAACACAACAAACAGGCUGAAAUGGAUGAAGAGCACAGAAAAGCGAUGGAGAGGCUUAAAGAACAAUAUGCUGAGAUGGAGAAGGACCUAGCAAAAUUUUCAACCUUUUGAAAAUUUGAACCACAACAAUUAAAAUCUGAUGAAAAAACAUUGACUUCCCCCAAAAAACGAUUCCCACCAAACCAUUUAGCCUCUGCUUCAAGCUUAGCAAUAUAUUCAGUGGCACUCACAUCAGAAGAAAGAAACUUCUAUUGGAAUCUUAAUUAAAUGUUUAAUAGCAGAAGAGUGCUAUAUUUUUUCAGUUUUAAGUGCCUGCAUAUGAUUAUUUGAAUGGGGGGGAGUAGGAGGAAAAAUCAGAUAAGUAUACUCUUUGUUAAUCAGAAUUGGUCUUCUUUUCCAUUGAUUGUCUCAGAGAAUUGUAAGUAUAGAGUUCUUAGAAAAAGAAUUCAUUCAUUCUUAUACAGGACUAAUACUAGUUUAUUAUUGUGGCUUAGAAGGCAGAGGAAAUAGCUGUCUAUUAUAGCCUCCCUGGCUAUUGGAAGAAUGUCUAAAGUGUUAUUCCAUGAGUAAUGUAGACAAAAACAACUGUCCUCAGAGCAGAGACACAUCUGAGAGGAUUGAGAGUCAAAACCUUGUCUCUGCUACAGCAAAGACAGCCUUGUUGGUCUUUGUUGAACUGCCUGUUCGGAAGGUUAUAGAUUUCGAAGUGUCGCAGAAUGCCGUGUGUUUCACUGGAUGGCAACACAGACUUUGGAAGUUUUGUGGCCUUCAGCACUUAACAUUUUCAGCUUUUAAAACAUGGCUUAGAAGGAACAGCGUACCAAAAAUAUAAUUGACUUAGCCUUUCCAAGAACCAUAAUCUUGCCCAUAGUAUUUACCUCAUUUUUGUAUCUGUUUUGCUGUGGGUAAGCUUUGUAAGAUAAAUAACAUCUAUACAUGUUUCAACUGUUAAAUGAGUAAUCAGCAAAAUCUGCCGAGGAGUCCCUCUGGAACCACGUAAAGAUUCUGGUUCUGAAUAUACCCGAAAUAUUUGUCCACAUGGCAAAUGAUCAUGUUAAAUAUAAAUCCUUUUUAGUGUUUAACGUCUAUUCUCAUAAGCAGGUGUAUUAUAAUGAAACAUGUACCAAUUCUGUCAUCACUGUGAUCUUUAAAAAUCUGCACUUACCCGUCUAAUUGAGGAACUGAGUUGGUUUUUUAUUUGCCACAAAUGAAGCAAAAUUAAAUGCAAUAAUUUCAAGAGAUUUAUAGCAAAUGAAUUUGGUGUAUGGAUAAAUCUUUCAAAUAUUUUUUAUUGCUCUUCAGUAAAGAAAGGCACAAGAAAGAAAAUACCCAACUCCCUCAUGUUAUCUCAGUGUUGCUAGUGCAGAAAACGGACAAUGCUUGCUUGUGUGAAUUUAUGGCUUACUGUCAAAGCUUCAUUCUUGGCUGCAUGUUGAAAAUGUGAUUAAAGUUAAUAGAGGAGAUGAAAUAAGUAUUUGAGAUUUCUUUCAAUAACACUGAACUUCUGCCAACUUUCUCUGUCCGCUACUGUAGGCUUGACAGGUUCAUCAAUCAUCCUCUGGUACCUGGACCAAAAAGAGCACUUGCUGACACUAAGGCAUGUUGGAAUUUUCUUAAUUCUCUUUCAGUGAAUGGGGAAAAAAACAUACUUCCAAAAAUAUCCCACACAUGAAAAGGGAGGGGAAUGUUAAAUGAAAAUUCCCUUUGUACUACAGGCAAUAUUUGGAAUGCUAUUAAUUGCCAGUGCACCACUGAACAGAAGCUGUAACCAAGAAAUCAGGACUGUGUGUGAGCAAGGAUGUUCUCCUAACUGGUUGCUCGACCUGUGCAGCAAGGAUUUCUGAUAGUGUUUGUUCAUCUCAUAUGAGCAAUAAAUACUUUACCAUAUGAGUUUGUAUAUAUUAUAGAAGGAUCCAAGAGACUUUUUAAACCAAAAAGAAUUAAUGGGCUUUUUGACCUUUAAACAUUAACAUACUACUUUCUUUGUAACUUUGUCAGCUAGUCAAUAUGAACUUCUAAAAAGACUCUUGGUUUGCCUUCCUUUUAAUAUUUUUAGUAGUGAACACUUUCGUUUAUUUUCCCAGUUUCCAAAUCAC